CAUGGGCGGGUCCCCCGUGGGCUCAGUGGUCCUGCUCUUUCUACUGCUGUGGGCGGCUCAAGGAGGAUUCGGCACAGCUGUCCGGUCGUCCCGGGAGUUCUCUUCCAAGCAGUCGUACCGGGCGCACGAGAAGGAGCUGUUGGAAGAACUGCAGAAUGUGCUGGAGAAGCUGCAGCACAAAACAGCCUCCACGUGGGAAAAGAAGUUCAACCAAGUCCCCAAGUGCUCCUUCGGUGACCCCUGCGCCGUGAAGAAGGGGGCCCGGAUCGGCAAGCUGUGUGACUGCCCCCGCGGAUCCGCCUGCAACACUUUCCUCCUCAAGUGCUUGUGAAAAACCAGGGGCGGCGCUUAGCUGGUUGGAGACAUGUCUCGAUACACACGCCCCCUCCCCCAAGGAACGA